UCGCUUCACCUGCCAGAGUUCGUUUCUCGUAUGUCGCGAUUUAUAAUCGAAGCGUAUGUUGCAUCCCACUGGGGGCUACAUGCAGGAAUUUUAUGAUGAUCUGAACCGUCCAUUUUAUUGAAUCUAUGAUCUGAAAGGUUCUUUAGCUGACUAUAUACUGUAAAAUUAAAAUUUUCAAUAGUUCAUGUUAAACACUAAGAAUCAAAGGUUAGAAUCUAUCGAUAAAGCAUGAAUGUGAGAAAACAUAUUUUUUUAACAUAUUAAAGAGAAUAGGACUGUUCCAUCUCAGCAUGUCCGCAGUGGGCCCCAUUAGUUAGCGACAGACAAAAGCUGUAUCAUAAGUCGCGACGGAGAAAAAACGAACUCCACCUGCUAUAUCUCCAUGCAAUCUCUCUCAUCUACUCUCUCUUUGGGGAGCAGUGCCCAUGGGCUGCCCGAGAUAGGAGUUGGGGCGAUGCCAUUAAUGGCAUUUGUUGCGUUUGCCUGACACAAUCCAUCCAACCUCAUUAAAUCCUCUCCAUUUCCCGAUUUCCCAACAUCCAAACGCGUCCCAAUCCCGCUCUCCCACACCCUUACACCUGCAUGCAUGCAUCCACGCUCGAAACCGCGCCUUCUCUCCCCACAACCAAAUUCUCACGAUAUUUUGACAGCCCCUCCGAGAACAAAAGAACGACCUGGUGUAGCGAUAAGUUGACGAUAGAUUCAAUUUCGCGCGAGAAAAUCGCCGGGAUUUUUCCCGUCCCAUGCAGCAGCAGAACAGAAGCUAAUUAGACUUCAUCUCGUUCUCAUAUUUCUCUCUGCGCUUUCUCUGGAAUGGAGAAACCCCUGAUUUUCAGCGGAAUUACACUAAUGCCAUCGCUCUUUCUUCUCCUAAUCUUCGUGGGCUUUUCUUCUGGGCUUGUUUCCUACGGCUCGGAUGACUCGAUCAUGAGAGCGCUGUUGGAGUUGAAGGAAUCGUUCGUUGAGGAUCCUUUGCACGUGUUAGACGACUGGUCUCUGCACAACCCCGACGUGUGCAGAUGGCGAGGCGUUUCCUGCGACUCGUCACUCGACUCAGUCUGUGUACUGAGUCUGAACCUGUCCGACUCGUCGCUCUCUGGGACUAUCUCUUCCUCACUCGCCCGUAUUUCUUCUCUUCAAAUUCUCGAUCUCUCAUCCAACAGCCUCACUGGAGAAAUCCCAACUCACCUCUCCAACCUCACUUCCCUCACUUCUCUCCUACUCUUCUCUAACCAACUCACCGGGUCAAUACCGAGUCAACUCAGCUCGCUCAAAAAUCUCCGAGUCCUCCGAAUCGGCGACAAUGAUCUCUCUGGUCCGAUUCCCAGCUCCCUCGGGAAUCUCUCGAAUCUAACCACUCUGGGAUUAGCAUCUUGCAAUCUCUCCGGCUCGAUCCCUGCUGAACUCGGUCGACUCGGAAAACUCGAGAACCUGGUCUUGCAGCACAACAGACUUGAAGGAUCGAUUCCACCGGAACUCGGGAACUGCUCCAGCCUCUCCGUCUUCACCGUCGCUGUGAACCAUCUCAACGGGUCGAUUCCCAGCGAAUUGGGUCGGAUUCCGGGUCUUCAGGUUCUAAACCUCGCGAACAAUUCGCUGGAGGGAGAGAUUCCGAGUCAACUCAGUGAGUUGACUCAGCUCGUCUACCUCAAUUUCAUGGGGAAUCGGCUCGUGGGUCGGAUACCACCAUCGCUCUCUGAAAUGGGUAGUCUUCAGAAUCUCGAUUUAUCAUCGAAUAAUCUCGUUGGAGAGAUUCCGGCGGAAUUGGAUGGUAUGGGAGAGCUGAUUUUCCUUGUAUUGUCAGGCAACAAGCUUUCCGGUUCUCUCAGAGAUAGCAUAUGUUCUAAUCCGAAUUCGAAAUUGGAGCAUUUGAUUUUAUCAGGGAAUACAUUCAGUGGGAGAAUUCCGAUCGGGUUCGGAGAAUGCCGGUCGUUGCAGCAGCUCGAUCUUGCAGAUAAUCAGCUCAACGGCUCAAUUCCAGUUGAAUUAGGCCAGCUUGGCAAUCUAACUGAUCUCUGGCUCAACAACAAUAGCUUCGUCAGAUCAAUUCCCAAAUCGAUCGGCAAUCUCAGCAAUCUCCGGACGCUUACAUUCUAUCACAACAACUUGCGUGGGGAGCUGCCGGAGGAGAUCGGAUUGCUCGGUUCGCUUGAAACGCUCUAUCUCUAUGAAAAUCAGCUGACAGGGGAAAUCCCAUUAUCAAUUGGAAACUGUUCGAGCUUGCAAAUGAUCGAUUUCUAUGGAAAUCAGUUCACGGGAAGUAUUCCGAUCACUAUAGGAAGGUUGAAGAAGCUGAGCUUUAUCGAUCUCAGGCAGAACGAGCUCUCGGGUGAUAUUCCUGCUACACUGGGGAACUGCCGGGAGCUCGCCGUUCUGGAUUUGGCGGAUAAUCAUCUUUCGGGUGUGAUUCCUGGAUCAUUUGGAUUCCUUCAAUUGCUGCAGCAGCUGAUGCUUUACAACAAUUCCAUCGAAGGUAUCAUUCCUGAUGAUAUGAUCAUGUGUAGGAAUCUGACUAGAGUGAAUCUCUCGAAUAAUCAAUUCAAUGGCAGUAUUCUUCCAUUGUGUGGUUCGCGAUUGCUGCUGUCAUUUGAUGUUACUAACAAUUCGUUUGAUGGUCGGAUUCCUCCUCAAUUGGGGAAUUCACCGGCUCUCUCGCGGCUACGUUUGGGGAGUAACCGAUUUGAUGGUGAGAUUCCUUCUAUGUUGGGGGAGAUCGAUGAGCUAGAGCUUCUAGACCUGUCGAGCAAUUUGCUCAAUGGAACAGUGCCAGAAGGGCUAUCGUCGUGUAAGAAGCUGACCCACAUUGAUUUGAAUGGGAACCGUCUAAUAGGGCCUGUCCCGUCAUGGCUCGGUACUUUGCCUCAGCUGGGGGAGCUCAAGCUGUCAUCGAAUGGAUUCGACGGGCCUCUUCCUCGUGAGCUCUUCAAUUGUAGUAGUCUUAUCUUGCUUUCGAUCGACAGUAAUUUCCUAAGUGGGGCCCUCCCGUCUGAAAUCGGCAAUCUGACAGGCCUCAACUUAUUGAAUCUGGACCGCAAUCGGUUCUCUGGGUCUAUCCCUCCUGAGAUUGGCAAGCUGAGCAAUCUCUACGAGCUGCGGCUUUCGCACAAUGCCUUUGAUGGAGGAAUCCCAAUUGAGCUGGGGCAAUUGAACAAUCUACAAAGCGUUUUAGACCUCAGCUACAACAAUCUAACAGGCGAGAUCCCACCGUUGCUUGCAACAUUGUCCAAGCUCGAAGUCCUCAAUCUGUCACACAACUCAUUCUUGGGAGAAAUCCCACGACAGAUUGGCGAAAUGAGCAGCUUGGGCAAGCUGGAUCUGUCAUAUAACCACCUUCAAGGCCAUUUGGACAAGGAAUUCUCCCGCUGGCCGGCCGAUUCCUUCUCGGCCAAUGCAGGCCUCUGUGGAAGGCCUCUCGAUCCCUGCGACAAUCUCAACUCCAAUCACCAGCGAUCAGGCCUGAACAAGGCCGCUGUGGCUGUGAUUGCAGCUACCUCAACCUUAGCCUUCAUUGUUCUCGUACUUGCUAUUGUGAUUGCACUGGCCUGCAAGUGGCGAUUGCCGAGGAGGGCCCACGAAGUGAAUUGUGCAAACUCAUCAAGUUCAUCACAUGUCCAGCGGCGGUUGAUCUUCCAAGGUGCAGUGAAGAGGGAAUUCAAAUGGGAGGAUAUCAUGGAAGCCACAAACAAUCUCAGUGAUGAAUUUGUGAUUGGGUCGGGCGGCACAGGGACAGUCUACAGAGCUGAAUUGUCAACAGGAGAGAUCAUAGCUGUUAAAAAGAUGCGGCGGAAGGAUGAUCUCUUGGUCGAUCGGAGCUUUACCAGGGAGAUUCGGACACUUGGGAGGAUAAGGCACAGGCAUCUAGUGAAGCUGAUGGGGUGCUGUACCAGUAGCCGAACGGGGACCACCAAUUUGCUGAUCUAUGAGUAUAUGGAGAAUGGGAGUGUUUGGGAUUGGUUGCAUCGUCCAUUGUCGGCUAAGAAGAAGAAGCUGCUAUGGGAGGAGCGGUUGAGGAUCGCGAUCGGGCUGGCCUGUGGUGUAGAGUAUCUCCAUCAUGACUGUGUGCCGAGGAUCAUUCAUCGAGACAUCAAGUCAAGCAAUGUAUUGCUUGAUGUUAAUAUGGAGGCUCACUUGGGGGAUUUUGGACUGGCAAAGGCUGUGAUGGACAGUCAUGACUCGAGCGGUGGUGGGACGGAGUCGACGUCUUGGUUCGCUGGAUCCUUCGGCUACAUUGCUCCAGAGUAUGCCUACUCACUGAAGGCGACAGAGAAGAGUGAUGUGUACAGCAUGGGCAUUGUUCUGAUGGAGCUAGUAAGCGGCCUCAUGCCGACGGACAGGAUGUUCGGGGAAGACAUGGAUAUGGUCAGGUGGAUUGAGUCACACAUGCUGGGCCCAACCAGAGAGGAGUUGCUGGACCCCACAUUGAAACCACUCCCCCCUGAUGAGGAAUCCAGCAUGUUUGAAGUGCUCGACGUCGCAUUGCAAUGCACGAGGACCGCCCCUGCCGAGCGACCAUCGGCACGGCGAGUGUCUGAUCUCCUCAUCCACAUAUCCAUGACUGACAACAAAGUGUGUUCUACAAAGAAAGCUGUUGAAUUCAGAUGAACCAAAAAGAAUUUCUCAUCUAAAUGACCAGUUUUGUUCAGCACUUUACCACUGUGGAAGAUCCUAACCUCUAUAUUUUCUGAAGAAUGUGGAUAUUUGUUCUGUUCUGUUCUAA